AUGCAUCAUCUAUACGAGAUUGCCUUGUUCUUCGAACCGCCUGCGUUCCACCGCCAUCCGUGGACGCUCCUCCAGAUGGUCGCAUCGGCACCCACGCUGCGCAAGCUCUCCGUCUCAGGCCUUCGACUCUCCGGCUCCUUCACCUCCCUCAACGGCAUCGCCCCGUUGAAAUAUCUCGACUACAUGGCCCUCAAAACUGAUCCCAUUGAGAACGCCGCGCCGGAUAUGCUGGUGCUUUCAUCACUUCUCAGGGCGAUACACAUGACUGUCGAGACACUACUUCUCUCCGCUCCAUUCGUCUCCCUGCCGCUCAUACAGCACUUGGAAUGGCCACGGUUGCACACUUUCACCGUGCGCGGCCAAACGACUCCGUCUCCGCCGGCACCAUACGCACGGGUGUUUUCGAACAUGUCCUGCCUGCGUCGGCUCUCUCUAGACGUUCUGCUCGACGCCAAGGCCCUCGACAUCACCAGCGCUCCGACGAGCCUCGCCCCAUUUCCCUGGCCAGAGCUGGAACAUCUGUCCCUCCCCGUGCCGUUACCAGAAGACGACCAGAUGUACGGACAGCUGCCCCACACCCUCCGUUCACUGGCUGUAUUGUGCAACCCGUUGCACAUAUUUGCCACACACGACUUCUCUUUGCCUCAUCCCUACGCAAAGAACCCUUCUCCACCGCUCUCUCCCGUCACAGCAUCUCUCCUGCGCCGGUGCGCCGCCUCACCCGGUCUGCGGCUGUCGAAGCUGGAGAUCGAAUAUCGCGCGAGCUCCCACCGGUCCGACGACGUGCUCCCGCUCGUCGCCGCGUUGUUCCCGCAUCUCGAGGAGCUGACGAUCUACCGGUACCGCCCCUCCCAUGGCGACGGCUACAGUGACGAGCUCGCACACGAGACCGCGGCCGCGGUGAUGGAGCCACUCGCGGCGCUCGCGGCGCUGCGCGUCCUGCGCGCCCACCUCGACUUCGACUUCAGACCCGACCCGCUGCAGGUGUUCUCCGAGAUCCGCUUCUCCACCACCUGCCGCUGGAACCCGAAGGACAACGUGUUCCGGUAUGGGACGAUGCGCGACGUCGCGCUCGUGACCGCUCGCCAGCUCGCACCCGCACUCAAGGAGGUCUGGCUGUGGAUGCUAGGCGCAUACGAGUUCGGGCCGGGGUGGUGGGAGGUGUUCGUGGUGGAGCGAGCGACGGCGGGGGGCGGAGAGGAGGAUAAGUAUGUGAACGUCCGGCAGGAGAGGGAGGUGGUCAAUCCACGACCCUUCACGUUUGGCUGA